AAAUCUUGAUGGGCUAUGAGCCCAUCACCGCCGGAAUCGGCCGUGAGAAGAGAGACCACCGACCGGCGAUUCUUCUUCUUCUUCUUCUUCUUCUUCUUCGAAUUCGAAAGUCACAUAACAAACGGAAUAAAUUUGAAGAUUUUGCUCGAAGCAAUUAGAUUCGUGUCGAAGUCGAAGCUUUGUCAAUUCUUCUCAUCCUCGUCUCGAAGAUGGUUCGAUGCGCAGAUCGGUGACUUAGCAGAAAUGGAAGCUGGGAGACAAAACCAAGGAGAUCCAAGUGCUCCAUUAGUUGCACAAAAUUCUGCUUAUGAUGGACUUUUGCCUCAGCUUUUUACCUCUAUGCCAUCUCUGAAUGAAGCUGCAUCAUAUCUUUCACAGACAGCAUCAUACCUAACUGGCUGUUUCACAGAUUACUCAGUUAUCACUCCAUGGUCUUGGGUUUUCGCAGUUGAAUAUUCCUCAGCCAAUUCGGAGGAAUAUUUGCCAAAUGAGCAGGAAUUGGAUACAUUUUCUUCUGGACAAAAUAGGAGGUAUUGGACUAGCGAUGAUGUUUCUGUAAGUGAAACUUCGACAUCCUAUGCAUCAUCUUCCACUUCAGGAGCUGUAAGACCGUCUGCAGGGGAUUCAUCUCAAAGAUCGAAUGCGCUUGUGGCAUCAGGCAGUACUGGGAAUGGCAUUUCCAUUUUUCAGUGCCUUAUUGAGCGUGCGCGGAGGACAGUUCGAGGUUCAGCUGAUGACAUAGGGUGGCUUCGACGGGAUCCUAAAUUACCUCCUGUUGAAGAUGGGACUGAAAAGUAUAACACAAUUCUCGAUAACAUCAGGCAUGGUAUACACACACUACCAAAAUCACUGGUAUACCUGUUAGUUCCAGGUCUCUUCAGUAAUCAUGGGCCAAUGUAUUUUGUAAAGACGAAGAUGGCUUUUUCAAAGAUGGGCUUGGCAUGUCAUAUUGCCAAGAUUCACAGUGAGGCUUCAGUUGAAAAAAAUGCUAGAGAGAUCAAAGAGUACAUUGAGGAAAUUUAUUGGGGCUCCAACAAACGUGUGAUGUUACUCGGGCAUAGCAAAGGGGGGAUAGACAGCGCAGCUGCUUUAUCAUUGUACUGGUCUGAACUGAAAGAUAAGGUUGCUGGGUUGGCAAUAGCCCAGAGUCCAUAUGGCGGGACCCCUGUAGCUUCAGACAUUCUUCGAGAGGGGCAGCUCGGUGAUUAUGUCAGUCUAAGGAAACUCAUGGAAAUCGUGAUCUGUAAAGUGAUCAAGGGCGACAUGCAAGCUUUGAUAGACUUGACUUAUGAGAAGCGGAAGGAGUUCCUUUCAAAACACGAACUUCCCAGAGAACUCCCCGUGGUGUCAUUCCACACAGAAGCGGGCAUUUCACCUGCAGUAGUAGCUUCCUUAUCCCACGUGGCCCAUGCGGAGCUGCCUCUGGGCCAACCCACAAAGCUGCCCGUGGUGAUUCCCCUUGGCGCAGCAAUGGCUGCAUGUGCACAGGUCAUCCAGGCUCGGUACGGGGAGAAGAGCGACGGGCUUGUGACCCGCUGCGAUGCGGAGGUGCCAGGCUCAGUGGUGGUCCGGCCCACCCGUAAGUUGGACCAUGCCUGGAUGGUCUACUCGUCUCUGAAUGAUGACCCUUCCGAAGCCGAUGCUUCUCAGCUGUGUGAAGCUCUCUUGACCUUGCUUGUGGAUGUGGGGCAGAAGAAGAUGCAGGAGCUCUCAGCGAAAGACGAGUGAAGUGAGGGACCGCCCUGAGGCCAUUUAGAUCUGGAAAACUCGGAGGAUCUCCCCAAACUUCCAUUGCCUUUUCCGCUUCACUGGGUUUACAUUACAAUGCGUUCUCCUCUCUCUUAUAAUUCAUCAGAUCUUGUAAAGUGUAAUUCAGUAUUCGUUACUUGAUAUAAUUUUUUUUUGUUUUUAGAAAUCGAAAACAGAAACCAGAGCCGGAAUGAAACUCUGUGUACCAUAGACUAGCGUGUUGUAAAUGGUAAAAUCUCUCAUCUUUUGUAAUGUUAAACUAAGGCUUCAACUAUUCAUGAAGUGCCUGCAUUUACUUUUAGUAUAGAGGAACAAUGUAGCGUAGAUCUUCUUUCCAGGUGUAAAUUUAAGCAAAGCUUUGUAAGUUUGGCUCAUUAGAAUUCGGAAGAUCAUUCUUGAGGGAUGUUGAGAAGUCA